UGCACAUAUCACAGAAGUAGAGUAUGAAUGGACGCCGUCAAAAGAGACAAAGCAUUUCUUGUUUGGAGGAAUACAUGAGAGCGAAACACUAGUACGCCGUUAACCCAAGAAAGGUUGGACAUACUCCAGCUAAACGGCGUCUUAAAUUACGCUUGGUGUCGUGAUGGCAGCAUCAUUACCACAGAAGACGGGCAUGGCAGGGAUGCCCACUCAGCAGCAGCCCCCCCACAUGCCCCCCAGUGGCCCCAUGGCCGCAGGUCAGCAGCCAGUGCCACCCCAGGGUGCGCUCAGAGAGAUCUCCCCGGUGUUCCUGUGUCGGAUCGGACAGGAAACCGUCCAGGACAUUGUCACUCGCACCAUGGAGAUCUUCCAAAUCACACGAGCCACGCAACUUCCCAAUGGUGUGACUCAGAGCCAGGCAAUGUACCAGGAUCGCUUUGGGAAACUGCAGGAACACUUGAGGCAGCUCGCCCUGCUCUUCCGCAAACUUCGUCUCCUCUACGAGCGCUGCGUGGAGAUGACCGCUGACCUGCAGGAGGGGCCGGCAGAGCUUGUGCCCUAUGUUGGAGAAGAGCUGGUCAAUGUCAGAGUGGAGCCUUGUAGUCCUUCAAUCCACCAGGAGAGAAAAGAAGUCCUCGAGAAAGUACGUCAGAAGAACCAGGAGAUGAAGGUUCUCAUGGAUCAGAUGAGGAACUUGCUGUGGGAUGUCAAUGCCAUGUUGACACUAAGGAAAUGAUCGAUCAAUUUUCAUGGACUGACCGGGAGAGUAUUUGCAGGGCAACGCCUUAUUUCCACAAGACAACAUUGAAGAUGCACGCUUUUGUACAAUGAAUCUCGGAACCCUUCUGCAAUAGCAAUAAUCUGAAAGUAAUUGAGCCAAAAAAAAAAGGUUCAUUAUCACCUAUACUGUAGAUGCCACAAGAGGGUGGCAAAGCACAAUUUUUGUCCAAGUGAAACUCCUUAACUGACUUUAAUAUAGUUCCCUGACGCUGGGAUACCCAAGAUGGGUGCACAGGACUUUGUUUGUCUCAAUGAAAUUCCUAACAUAAACCCUUGACACCAAAGCACAAUUUAUUUAUUUUUUCGUCUUAACUUACUUCAACAUAGUCAUGUGAUGCCAAAAGAUGGCGGCAAAGUAAUACUUUUUUGGGUGUUUUCAGGAAUGACAACCAUGAAUAUGCAGGGUUUACUGUACAGCUGUUUAUAGUUAAACCCGCCAUUAUAAACGGGUUUUUGUUUGGUGACAGUUGAUGAAAUCUAACUUACAAGGCAGCUGAAUGAUUUCAAUUUUUACUGAAAUAAGUUAUGAACUCAUCUGUUGAAAACUUACAAUGUAUUCCAUCGUGAUUCCAUCGGAUCACGAGAACCGUUUUUUUCCUUCGCUACCAUCUGCGGUCACAACACCUGACGCAUCAAACCAUAACAGGCAGUUCUUCCAGAAAGCAGUGUGGAAGUAUGGCCCGUCUGAAAAGUUAGAGGUGCAUGGUUCCAACUGGCCCCUUGGCAGCUAUGUGCAGUACAUCUCAGGUGUUUUGGGCUGCGAGUGUGUAUGUGCAUGCGUGUGCCUCAUCAGUCUUCCUCAGUGUUCAACAACGUUUUGCCUUUGUUGUUGUUCAGGCUUGCUUGCCUGUGAAUGUAAUUUUGUCAACUGGGUCAUAUCUGUUUUGUACAAUAUAAUAUCUUUUUCUAAUUAAAAAUAUGUAAAAAGGCAUCAA